AUGGAACCGGCGAAGAAGGAAGAGAUAAAAAAAGGUCCAUGGAAAGCCGAAGAAGACGAAGUGCUCAUCAACCAUGUCAACAGAUACGGUCCUCGUGACUGGAGCUCCAUUCGAUCCAAAGGUCUUCUUCAACGCACCGGCAAAUCUUGCCGUCUCCGUUGGGUCAACAAACUCCGUCCAAAUCUCAAAAAUGGGUGCAAAUUCUCAGCGGAGGAAGAGAGGACCGUGAUUGAGUUGCAGGCGGAGUUUGGUAACAAAUGGGCGAGAAUCGCUACGUAUUUACCGGGAAGAACUGACAACGAUGUGAAAAAUUUCUGGAGUAGCAGAAUAAAGAGACUUGCUAGGAUUUUUCAUAACUCUUCUGAUGCAUCGACUUCUAGCAAUCCAAAACCUUCUUCUCAUCGAAACAAAGGCAAAAAUGUUAAACCAAUCCAAUCCUUAUUCGCCUCUCAGUUUCAGAGUUUUGGUUUGGUUGAGGAAGAGAUUACAGCUUCUACUUCGUCCUCCAAGAUUCUUACUAAUAACUCAUCAUCAGACCAAGUUGAUGAAGCCUUAAGGUUGUCUGAAUUGGGUAUUAAGUUAGAACAUAAGCCAUUGGCUUUUGGGACUGAUCUUGUUCUUGCAGAGACGACUCCACUCAUGUCUGAGUUUCAGAUUGCCAAUCAACAAGCGGUUAACUCUAACUCUUUCUCUUCAGAAAGUAUAGAUCUUUUGGCUAGACUCGACAACCCUUAUUACUAUGAUAUCCUCGGACCGGCUGGUUCUUCCGAGCCGUUGUUUGUUCUUCCUCAGCCGUUUUUUGAGCCGUCUCUAGUGCCACCAACAAGAUGCAGACAUGUUUCAAAGGAUGAUGAUGAAGAAGAAGAAGCUGAUGUUUUCUUAGAUGAUUUCCCGGCUGACAUGUUUGAUCAAGUUGACGAUCCAAAUCAGAGUCCUUAG